GCCUAAUACAUUUUCAAAGUCAUUUAUUUUUGUUCACCACAGCGGUCGCAGUGCCCGAAAUUUGGGAUGUCGGCCCCAAAAAUUAUUAUACAAAUUCUCGUCACAGGUGCACAAAUCUUCGGAAAGGCACUAUUUGAAGCAGGAAAGCAGGCGGCCAAAAAUGCAAAGCACACACCGCAAGGCGUAGCAGGAUCAGAUAUUGCGGGCGUUCGGAAUGCUACCUCUGGCUCCUUGACAGAUAAACUUACCCGAGAACACCGUAUGACACUGGACGAGGCCCAUCUCAUUCUGAAUCUAAAGCAAGGAGAAACCCUCGAGAAUGUGUUGAAGAAUUACGAACAUUUACUCAAAGUGAACGGUCCCCGGCCAGCCCCAGCCCCACCGACAACCGGCACAAGAGCGGGAAAACAGCCUGCUCCGCCUACACACUCUCAUUACCUCCAAUCGAAAGUUGUGCGUGCCCGGGAACGUAUCGAAGCCGAGAUGCGCGUUGUGAAAGAAGAAGAUUUAAUGCCUCCUUCGGGUUCAGCACAAGGGAACGCGGGAGGCCCGAGUUAAUGUCUCUCGUGAUUACUUAUAUCCUCAUUCCAUACAUUUCGCUGAUUUUAGAUAAUUCUAAUAUACAUCACCAUUCACUCAGCAUCCGCGCGCGCGCUGUUCAGCAGGGAGUCUGCUACUUCUCGAGAGUUAUACCGAGGAGAGACGAAAUAUUCAGAAAACAUAGAUCAGUACGGUCAAGCACCGCAAUCAAACCAUGAAUAUCAACAC